AUGACUACCAGCGCGGCUUCGGCUGCCUUCCCAAACGUCGACCCCGCCAUCUUCAGCUCCCUUCAAGCGAAAAUAGACAAUGAUACCGCGAUCCGCGACGAACUCAAGAGUAUUGUCGAAGCGCUGUCGAAGCAGGGAAGAGUAACGCAGUCGAUCCUCUCUCGCAUCCACAACACGCCUACUGAGGACCUCGCAGAAUCUGUCCUGGCGCCUUGUUCUGAAUCCCUCAAGGAGCAGGCGGCUACGGUGAAAGACUUAGCGCAGGCUGCUUCGAAGUAUCCCUUCUACAAAUGGAAUUCAAUAUGGCAGCGAGAGAUUCAAAAUGUGGUCAGCAACAUACAAAUGUGCGAGUGGCUCAAGAGCGGAAAUCUCGUCACUCUGGAGGAUGUCGGGCACAGCCUUGAAGUACCGGUCAACCUGAAAGACGAAGAUACCUUCCAUGUCACGAUCGAAGACUACCUGCUCGCCCUCACCUACAUGAUCGAAGAGCUUGCGCGCCUUGCCCCUAACGCAGUCACACUUACCGACUACGCUCGCCCGUUACAAAUUUCGAAGUUUAUCAAAGACGUCCAUGCAGGCUUUCAGCUGCUGAACCUCAAAAACGAUACCCUUCGGCGAAGGGUAGAUGGCCUAAAAUACAGUGUGAAGAAGGUGGAAGAUGUAGUAUAUGAUCUGAGUCUGAGAGGAUUGAUUCCAAAACACUGA